CUACGUAGCACCUUCCUGAUCUUCACCUCUAUUUUUCCCCAAUCUUUUGAAGGAAGACAUACAGACAAAAUAAGAAGGCUUUUUUUUCAUCAUGAGCACUUAUACUGUGACACUUGCCGGAUCUGCACCAUGGGGCUUCCGCUUGCAAGGGGGCAAGGAUUUCAACAUGCCUCUCACCAUCUCCCGGAUCACACCAGGGAGCAAAGCCGCUUCAGGUAACCUGACCCAGGGCGACAUCAUCGUAGCCAUCGACGGUGUCAACACUGAUGGCAUGACUCACCUGGAUGCUCAGAACAAGAUCAAGAGUGCAAGUUUCAACCUGGCCCUGACCAUGCAGAGGUCAAAGCGCCCAGUCCCAGUGUCCAUGACUGCACCAAGAAUCGACACUUCAAUUCCUGUCAUCCCUCAUCAGAAGGUUAUUACCAACAUGCCUACCAACAAUGAGUAUGUGCCCAGUUUCAACCCCAGUGCCCUCAAGGAUACAGCUCUUUCCACCAACAAGCCCAUUGAAGUAAAGGGGCCGGGAGGCAAGGCCACCAUCAUCCAUGCCCAGUACAACACUCCGAUUAGCAUGUACUCACAGGACGCCAUCAUGGACGCAAUCGCUGGUCAGUCUCAGGCCAGAGGGGCUGAAAUGUCCGGCGAUGAGGCUCUGUCUGGCUCUCCCAUUUCUAGUCUGCCUGUUAAAGAGCGUGUUAUAGACAGUGCUUCCCCAGUGUAUCAGGCUGUGAAUACCAGAGAAGAAGUGCUGGACCCUGAUGAGUGGACACGGAGAGCCGCCCACCUGCAGUCCAGGUCCUUCCGUCUCCUUGCCCACCUUACCGGCACUGAAUACAUGCAAGACCCAGAUGAGGAAGCUCUUAAAAGAGCAAGGGACAUAUUUGAGACAGGAGCUAAAGGCCCUCGUUUUGCUAAAUUGAAAAACUGGCACAAUGGCCUGUCAGCCCAAAUCCUUAAUGUGUCUCAGUAGAGAGCUCAGGACAGACAGCGGUAGGCAGAUGAUGUCAUGGAAAGUAGUCAGGCAACGCAUGUGAGAGAGAAACGUGCAAGAGAUAAGUCAAAGUUGGUUCAUUCACCACAGCUCUGUGGACAGAUUUUAUGUUCCCUCUGUAUACUCUCCCUACGCUGUGGCAGAAUGGUAGAACGUUUUAUUGAAUGUAUUGGCCAUUGUGUAAUGUUUUUCAUGCUGUCUCUGUAUCUGAAUCUGUAUAAGAAUCAGCAAAUAAAAGCUGUUGGACUGUUAA